UACUAACCUGAAGCGAAGUCAGCACCACUGCAAACAUGGCGGGGGUCAUCCGGAGGCUCGACGAGACUGUUGUCAACAGGAUUGCUGCAGGAGAAGUUAUCCAGCGUCCUGCCAACGCUGUGAAAGAAAUGAUUGAAAACUGUUUGGAUGCAAAGUCCACCAACAUCCAAGUGACGGUAAAAGACGGCGGGCUGAAGCUCCUCCAGAUUCAGGACAACGGCACUGGCAUCAGGAGAGAGGACAUGGAAAUCGUUUGCGAAAGGUUCACCACAAGCAAACUCCAGACGUUUGAGGACCUCUCCGCUAUAUCUACCUACGGAUUCAGAGGAGAGGCCCUUGCCAGUGUAAGCCACGUCGCCCACGUGACCAUAACCACUAAGACGGCUGAUGCCAAGUGUGCUUACAGAGCCAGCUACAGCGACGGCAAACUGAAAGGCCCUCCAAAACCGUGUGCUGGCAACCAGGGGACGCAGAUUCUUGUGGAGGAUCUUUUUUAUAACGUGUCCACCAGGAGGAAAGCUUUAAAGAGCCCCAGUGAUGAGUACAGCAGGAUUGUAGAUGUGGUCAGCAGGUAUGCCAUACAUAACUCGGGGAAAAGCUUCUCUGUCAAAAAGCAAGGAGAGACUGUGGCAGAUGUCAGGACUCUACCCAACGCCUCUGUGGUGGACAAUAUACGAGGAGUUUUUGGCAAUGCAGUCAGCAGGGAGCUGAUUGAAGUUGGCUGUGAAGAUCAGAAGCUCUCGUAUAAGAUGAAAGGCUACAUCUCGAACGCAAACUACUCGGUCAAGAAAUGCAUCCUGAUCCUGUUCAUCAACCAUCGUCUGGUGGAAUCGAGCGCUUUGAAGAAAGCUAUUGAGACGGUAUAUGCUGCAUACCUUCCCAAGAACACACACCCCUUUCUUUACCUCAGCUUAGAAAUCGCUCCCCAGAACGUAGACGUGAACGUUCACCCCACAAAGCACGAGGUGCAUUUCUUACACGAGGACAGCGUCAUCGAGAGCGUUCAGAAGCACGUCGAGAGCAAACUUCUGGGCUCCAACUCCUCACGUACAUAUUUCACUCAGACGUUGCUGCCUGGGCUGUCGGCGUCCGGUGGCUCAGAGGUGAAGGCCUCCAGCUCCACAGCGGAGUCUGGCGAGCGAGUGUACGCUCAUCAGAUGGUGAGGACCGACUGCCGCGCCCAGAAGCUGGACGCCUUCCUCCAGCCGAAAGAGAAGCCGGCGCCUGAUCCCGAGCCGGCUGGUCCCAGCAGCGAGGAGGCUGUGACGAAAACCGUCGAGCCGGACGACACAGACAUGGCUGAUACAGAUGAUGCGGACAUGCUGGAGGCCCUGGCUGAGCAGGAGGCUGAGGAGCCAAAAGAAGAUGAAGAAAUCGGCGUCGGUGCACAAGAAGCUCAAAGGAAGCGACCCAGGAAAGAGCAGAAGGAGCAGGAAGAAGAAAAAGACGAGGACCUGACGGCUGCAGCCACGCCCAAGAGACGAGCCAUCAAACUGACCAGCAUCAAAGAGCUGAGAGCUGAGAUCACAGAGGGCACGCACAAAGGACUUCAGGAAAUGCUCCAGAACCACUCGUUCGUGGGCUGCGUCAAUCCCCAGUGGACUCUGAUCCAACAUCACACCAAACUGUACCUGCUCAACACCACCAAACUCAGCCAGGCGCUUUUCUACCAGAUACUCAUUUAUGACUUCGGGAACUUCGGCGUACUCAGACUCUCUACGCCGGCGCCGCUUUACGAUCUGGCCAUGCUGGCCCUGGACUCUGAGGAGAGCGGCUGGACGGAGGAGGACGGUCCCAAAGAAGGCCUGGCGCAGUACAUAGUGGACUUCCUGAAGAAGAAAGCGGAGAUGCUGGAGGACUACUUCUCCGUGGAGAUAGACCAGGAAGGAAAUCUAACAGGACUACCGCUGCUCCUCGAUAAAUACACUCCUGUCAUGGAGGGUCUUCCGAUAUUCAUCCUGCGCCUGGCCACCGAGGUGAACUGGGACAAUGAGAAGGACUGUUUCAGAGACUUCAGCAAAGAGUGCAGCAUGUUCUACUCCAUCAGGAAGCAGUACAUCCUGGAGGCCGAGCCAGGGGAAGAGCAGGAUGCCGAGGGGAACUCGUGGCGUUGGAAGGUGGAGCACGUCAUCUUCAAAGCUUUCCGAACCCUCUUCAGUCCCCCCAAGAGCUUCAGCGAGGAUGGCACGGUGCUGCAGAUCGCCAACUUACCUGACCUCUAUAAAGUCUUUGAGAGGUGCUGAACGAUCCAAACGUGACUGGGAAACAACAUCCACCAAAUAAGCUGCUGUUUAUGUUUAAAUGUAAAAUUUAUGUUGUAAAUAAAAACUUUGUAUGAAA